AUGCCAAAUACUUAUAUUCUUAAACGUACUGAAUCAGGUACUUCAUCCAAUGCAACUAAUGAACAUGUUCAUUUAGAUCCAGUACCAUCUAAUCCAGAUGCAAAUAUUACACAAGUUCAAAUUGAAUCUCAUUUUUCAGUUGAUCAUCCAUCAUUUAAAAUUAAAUAUCAUCGUUCAAAUUCUAUAAUUUCAACAACUACUGAUCCAUUAUCUGCAAUUUCUGAAGAUACUUCAACAUUACCAACUAUUAAAGUUUUAGGUACUGGAGGUACAAUUGCAUCAAAAGGUUCAACUUCACAUCAAACUGCAGGUUAUGAAGUUGAUUUAACUAUUGAAGAUUUAAUUUCAAGUAUUCCAGAUUUAUCUCAUACUUGUCAUUUAGAAUAUGAACAAGUUUUAAAUAUUGAUUCAAAAGAAUUUAAUAAUGAAUCAUUACUUCUUCUUCAUCAUAAAAUUGCAUCAGAUUUAGAUAAAUAUGAUGGGAUUGUUAUUACUCAUGGUACUGAUACUAUGGAAGAAACUGCAUUUUUCAUUCAAUCAACAAUUAAUACUUAUAAACCAAUUGUAUUUUGUGGUUCUAUGCGUCCAAGUACUGCUAUUUCAUCUGAUGGUCCUAUGAAUCUUUAUCAAGCUAUUAUUAUUGCAUCUCAUAAAUCUUCACGUAAUAGAGGGGUUUUAAUUGCUUUAAAUGAUUCUAUUGGUAGUGGAUUUUAUAUUACUAAAUCAAAUGCUAAUAGUUUAGAUACUUUUAAAAAUAUUGGUCAAGGUUAUAUUGGGAAUUUUGUUAAUAAUGAAAUUAGAUAUUUUUAUCCAGCUAAUAAACCAUUGGGUUUAACUUAUUUUCAAGUUGACGAAUCAGUUAAAGAAUUACCUGAAGUUGCUGUUAUUUAUUCUCAUCAAGGUUUAAAUAAUGAUAUUAUUAGAUUUGUUGUUAAAGAAUUAGGUGCUAAAGGUAUUGUUUUGGCUACUAUGGGUGCCGGUUCAAUGAGUGAUGAAACUAAUAAUUUUAUUGCUAACUUACUUGAAGAUAAUAAAGAAUUCCCAGUGGUUUAUAGUAAAAGAUCAAUGGAUGGGAUGGUUCCACUUGGUUCAUUACCAAAAAUCGGUCCUUCCAAAAAAAUAUCACCAAACGCUAUCGCAGGUGGUUACUUAAACCCACAAAAGGCCAGAUUAUUAUUACAAUUAUGUUUAAAUUCCAAAAUGGAUUUAAACAAAAUUAAAGAUGUUUUCAAAACUGUAUAG